UUAGUCAGGACAGUGAAUCUGAGCGUGUGCAAAAAGCCUGGCGGUUGGCAGGCCUGUCUGCAGGAUAGGAAUCAGUCGGAGCUUGUGUGUGUCUAUGUGUGUGUGUGCAGAACUGCUUAGAACAUCCACUGUCUAUUAUUGAUGACAUCUUAUUUACUCUCCCUCCCACCAAGAGGCUCCUAGAGGAAAGCCUUUAGAGAAGAACCUGUUUUUCUUAUCCACUUUCUGAGGAUGAUGCAGGAAAGAACUAGACGCCACCGCCACACAGCUUGCCAACAGACAGGACGAGAGCGAACAGUCCAGGAAGAAACUAAUUGACCUGAGCCGCGAGUUCAAGAAGAGCACACCAGAGGAUUUCCGGAAACAGGUUGCCCCGUUGCUCAAGAGCUUCCAAGGAGAGAUCGAUGCCUUGAGUAAGAGAAGUAAAGAAGCAGAGGCCGCCUUCUUGAACGUGUACAAGAAAAUAAUCGAUGUCCCAGAUCCUGUACCUGUGUUGGAGCUGGCUCAGCAGCUGCAGCUGAAGCUCCAGAGGAUGCACGACAUUGAGACGGAGAACACCAAACUUCGAGAGACACUGGAGGACUACAACAAAGAGUUUGCAGAGGUCAAAAACCAAGAGGUGACCAUUAAGGCCUUGAAGGAGAAGAUCCGUGAGUAUGAGCAGUCUCUGAAGAAUCAAGCGGAGAACCUGGCCCAAGAGAAGCAGCUCCAGCUACACAACGACUAUGCAGAGAAGGAGAGGAAACUCCAGGAGAGCCAGGACUCCAUGUCGUCAAGGUUGGAAGAGGCCGAACACAAGGCCCAGUCCCUACAGACAGCACUUGAAACAACUCAGGCCGAGCUCUUUGAUUUGAAGACCAAGUAUGACGAGGAAUCCACAGCAAAGGCCGAUGAGAUUGAGAUGGUGAUGACAGACCUGGAAAGAGCCAAUCAGCGAGCAGAAGCAGCCCAGAGAGAGACGGAGUCGCUCAGAGAGCAGCUGUCCUUGAGUAACCAAUCCCAGCAGCUCGGCAGCCCUGCCAAGGCCGACCCCAACACGGAACAGCCGACGGAGGUGGCAUCCCACUCAAGUCUGGAGGCGGAGCUCAGGGCCAAAGAAAGGGAGACCGCCCAGCUGGUGGAGGACGUCCAGAGACUGCAGGCCAGCCUGACCAAACUCCGAGAGACCACCAGCUCCCAGAUCACACAGCUGGAGCAGCAGCUCAGCAGCAAGACUGCUGUUCUCAAGGAACUAGAGGAGAAACUGCAGAAGCAAGCUGACUAUGAGGAGGUGAAGAAGGAGUUGAGUAUCCUCAAGUCUAUGGAGUUUGGAACAUCUGACUCUGUGCAGGACUCCUCCAAACCUCUGGAGGUGCUGUUGCUGGAGAGGAACCGUAGUCUUCAGUCUGAGAGCGCCGCUCUGCGCAUUGCCAACACCGAGCUCAGCGGGUCAGCUGGAAGAAAAGGGACAGAAGAGUCCACACCGAAGGAGGAGACCAUGCCCAACGACCCCUCUCCCUCGCCCCCUCCUCCCCCUCCCUCUCUUCCUUCCUCCUCCCAGCUCCCCCUGUCUCGCACCCAUACGGACCACCUCAACACUGCUACCACCACCAGCAGCAGCGAAACGCACCCGUUCAGUCCUACGGGCAUUGGACAGGACUUCUACUCCCCUGUGUUCCCUCUGGUGGGUGGUAAGAUGGCUUUGAACUCCCUGAUCCAGCGGCAGCUGCUUCAGUCCUUUUACUCCAAAGCCUUGCAGGAGUCGUCUGGAAUCCCCAGUGGGGCUCUGCUGUUCACCCCCUUCACCCCAACCCUCAGCUCCAUCCCUACCUCCACCCCUGGCUCUGGGUCAGCUGCCAUCCCUCUGGCAGCAAGCAGCCCGCAGCCGCCUCCAGCCAGCCCAGACAUGGGUCCUGUUAACGGGAGCAGCACCGCUGGCAGUGCCCCAUCCCCGUCACCCAGCCACUCUGACGCCACCACAGGAAGUAUUUUGGACGGGGAGGAUAUGGACACGGCAGAGAUUGCCCGACAGGUGAAAGAGCAGCUGAUAAAGCACAACAUUGGCCAGCGUGUGUUUGGCCACUAUGUGCUGGGACUGUCCCAGGGUUCGGUCAGUGAGAUCCUGGCCAGACCAAAGCCGUGGAACAAGCUAACCAUCCGGGGGAAGGAGCCCUUCCACAAGAUGAGGCAGUUCCUCGCCGAUGAGCAGAACAUCCUCGCACUGCGCAGCAUCCAGGGACGACAGAGAGAGGGCUCAGGCCAGCCCCAGCUUAGCCGAGUGUUUCAGGAUGUUCCGAAGCGGAAAGCCCUCUCCAAUACAGCUUCACACACAGGUAACAUUACUGCCCGCGUCCGCACCCCAGAGGCUGGUUCAGAUGAGGCUAUCAAGUCCAUUCUGGAGCAGGCCAAAAGAGAGCUGCAGGUGCAGAAAGCUGACUUGUCCCAUGCUCAACCAUCAUAUACAGGACUGAAAGGAGGCGGCGGAAUCGGAGGCGGAGGCGGAAUAGGAGGCGGUGGCAGCGGAUCAGAUGAGGCUAUCCGCUCCAUCCUAGAGCAAGCUCGCAGAGAGAUGGAGGCCCAACAGACUGCACUGGAGCCCAUCCUCAAAGCCUCAUCUUCGUCUUCCUCCUCUGCAUCACUAUCUCAGAGGGACUUCCUGAGCUCCUCGCUCACCGCUCCCCUUCCCCCUUACAACCCCCUGUCACUCUCUCUCAAGAAGCCCAGCAGCUCCCUCUUGUCCUCCCCCUCAUCCCCGUCUCCAAUCCUGGACUUCAGCUCCAGCGUAAAGAGAGAAGGCAGGGCUUCUUCAGGGAUCGACAUGUCUAUUGAUGGAGCUCUCAGGCUGGGUCGGAGCUCUGAGGGUUCGGCCCGCUCUGGAAGUUCUGGAGGAGUGGGUUACUGGAGAGAGCAGUGGUGGAGCAACAUGCAUACAGACCCCCGCAGGGCCAUAUCCAGCCAGACAGGAGAGGAGAACCACAACCAGGAGGACUCCAAAGAGGGAAUAUUGAGUGACAGUUUGUCUCGACACAAACCGUGGAACAAGUUGAACCAGAGGAGCAGAGAGCCAUACCUCCGCAUGCAGCCGUGGCUCAAUGGAGACCAGGGGCAAAACACACACAUCCAGCAAGCUCAGAAUCAAGCAGAGGGUACUCCCAAGACAUCAGCAAGCUGCAGCCCUGCUCCAGAGUCACCCCUCAGUUCAGCUGAGGAGUCUGUCAACGGUCUCGCAGGGGAUCCACUCGCCUCACAGUCCUCCAGUCUCAAACCUGCUUCUGAGGAUCCCUCAGGCGGGGAGUCUCAGCCCGGUACCCCGCUGCCUCUUCCUGGUCAUUCGGGUCUCAGCAUCCAGGAAAUGGUCGCAAUGUCCCCUGAGCUUGAUACUUACGCCAUCACCAAGAAGGUUAAAGAGGUGCUGACGGAUAAUAACCUUGGCCAGCGUCUGUUUGGGGAGACUAUCCUGGGUCUGACUCAGGGUUCUGUCUCAGACCUGCUGGCCAGGCCCAAACCCUGGCACAAGCUCAGCCUGAAGGGCAGAGAGCCCUUCGUCCGCAUGCAGCUCUGGCUUCAGGACCCACACAGUGUGGAGAAACUCAUGGACAUGAAACGCCUGGAGAAGAAAGCUUACAUGAAGAGGCGGCUAAGCUCCUUGAGUGAUAGCCAUUCUGUCGACGUGGGUUUAGUGGGGCCGGAUUACAUCCAGGGCUCGCAGAGCCCGGGACAGCAGCACUUGAAGAAGGCCAGGGUGGUGUUGGGCCCCGAGGAGAAGGAGGCCCUGAAAAGGGCCUACCAGCAGAAGCCCUAUCCCUCCCCCAAAACCAUUGAGGAGCUGGCCUCCCAGCUCAACCUGAAGACCAGUACUGUCAUCAACUGGUUCCAUAAUUAUAGGUCACGUAUCCGACGAGAGCUCUUCAUAGAGGAGAUCCAGGCAGCUGGAGGGUUAGGGCCUGGCAGUGAGGGGGGCUCCCCUUCCCUUCGCGGGUCCAAAUCAGGAGAGGGGGACAGCUGUGAUGGGACAGAAUCUGAGGGCACAGUGGAGACACGCCAAGGAGUGGGCAUUGGCCUGGAGGAUCACAGAGGAGCAUGCAAAGACGACAUGGAGGUCGAGUCUGAGGCAGGGGGCUCUAAUAACUCCCCUGACCAGCUAGACUGCACCACCUCAGGCUUUGCCGGGCCGGGGUCCAGCUGUGGACAGGGUGGACUAGGGCUCUUCAGCCUCACAGAGGCAUCCUCCAGUAGCUCUGCCUCUAGUACUAACAUCCCAGCCUCUGGCCCUGCCAGAAACCCCAGGGACAACAAUCUGCGCAAGAAGAAAGCAGCCAAUCUCAAUAACAUCAUCCACAGGCUGGAGAAGGCUGCUAGCAAAGAGGAUCCCUCAGAGUGGGAGUUCUAGCUCCCCCUGACCAUCCUUCAUCCCUCUUGUUUCAUAACCUCACAACCUCUAACCUUGGACCCCUCCUGCUCUGUUCCAGUUGGAGAGUGGACACAGCCAAAGUCAAGCUCAGCAGCCAUUUUUAUUACAUAAAAGCUUUCCGAAAAGAGGAAAGAAACAAAGAGUGGUUGGCAAAACCCUUAAAAAGAAGAUUAACUGAAUACCUAGAAGAACAAAAAUAAGAGAACUUAUGUGUCUCUCGGUUUUUUUUUUUUGUUUUUUUUUUUUUUAAAACUGAGUUUUGUUUUUGUACUGAGAAAAGCACUUAGCCGUCCUGCUGGCCUCCGGCCCUGCUGUACCUCCCCCAAUCACCAGCCACUGGUGCACCAGACUGGUUAGUCCUGAGCUGGGGUCUGACCCACAGCUGGGGUUGAAACCUGGACUCCGUAACACAGGCAAGGCCUGACACAGCAGCUGUCACAGUGAUAGACACUGAUAGAUGAUAGAUAGAGACAGGAACUCUCUUACAAGAACUCUCACUUUCUUAAAGGAGAUUUUUUCCGCUCUUCUUCUCACCUCCCAAGUGUCCACAAACCUCCCCUCACUCAGUGAGACGCCUCAUUUUUCACACUGUAGAGUGACUGUUACAAACCCUUUGCCUUUUUCACUCACUGCGUGUGUGUGUGUGUGUGUGUGUGUGUGUGUGUGUGCGUGCGUGCGUGUGUGUGUGUGCGUGCGUGUAUGUUAGGGGUUGUGUCAGUGUGCACCGGUUUGUUUGUGUGUGUGUAUACACACCCAAAAAUGGUGUGUAAGUGUGUGUGUUCUCUUCUCAAUGGCAGCAUGUUUUCUUUUUAAUCUCACUCCUACACUCUUAAGAGGGUAGUGGAAGGCCUGCCGGCUGAGCUGCCAUGGUUACUGAUGUAAGAGAGAUGAACUUUGACCCGUUGUGUCCCAUAUCCUAUCCUGCUGACAGCCAUGUGAUGGCCAGAAGGAUCUCUAAUUCCUCCCAAACACACGCACUCAUCUGAAGAGGAAGGAUGGAGGGAACCCUGUUUUUGCCUCCUCAAACCCUUCUUUUAAGGAUGAAGGAUGAUCUCUUUUUUUUGAUAUUGCAAUUUGGUUGCCAAUAAGAGAUUGCACAGUCUAUUGACUCUAAAGAGUACAAAAUAGGGAAUUUUAGGAAACAUUUUAAUUAGUACAAAAUAAGAACCGAAAAUAAGAGAAUAACAAGUUGCUGUUUUAAAAAAGAAAAAAACAAUUACAAUGGAAUAAUUUUGCGUUGUUGAAAUACGAUACAAUGAAUUCACGUAGUACUGUAGCUGUCUGACAUGGUGAUACUAUACGUGUCUCUUGUUGUUUUAGGUUGUGCACGUCACAGCUUUUAUCCAGCACUGGACCUGCUGGGUGUGCGAGUGUGUCUGCACCACCGACAUAUUUUCUCUGUUCACAAACACACAUCUUUUUAUAGGCCAAAUCAGGAAGAGUGUGUGUGUGUGUGUGUGUGUGUGUGUGUGUGUGUGUGUGUGCAUGCGUGCGUCUUGUGUGCAUUGGUAUUUGCCUGCAUGUAAGUCAGGGUCGAGGUCAAUUCACUCAGAAUUAAAUUUAAGAAGUAGAUUAUGAACAAUGAAAUUCCUGACUGGAAAAAAAUGUGUUUUAGCGAAUAAAUCGCAACGUAGAGUACUUGAUAAAUCUGUACUUUUUGUUGAUUGCCGUCAAAGUGAAUUCACCCCAACCCUGGUUUGAGUAGUUACCACUCUCCUCCAGUCUAUCCUGUAUCCAGGGAUGUUUUGCAUUGAAUUCUACUGUAUACACUACAAAUUAUAAGGCAUAUCACCUCCUCCCUGUCCCACACAAGCCCUCAGUGCCUGUCAGCCUACUGCCUCCCCUUUGUGUGUGUGUGUGUGUGUGUGUGUGUGUGUGUGUGUGUGUGUGUGUGUGUGCACGCGUUUGCGUGGGUGCAUGUACACACAUGCCUGUCAAUACAUGCGUGUGCACAAGUGCGUGCGAUUGAGGAGUGUUCAGUGUUUCCAAUGAGUGGGGUCAUAUUUCGUAUCUACUUGCACACACUACUAGUGCACAACUGACACCCUUCUUUAAGCUGUUUGAUGCGUUACCAUUACAUUAAUCUUCUCACAAAGUAGUGUAAUACUAUGAUUUACUGUAGCUUGGUUUUAUUGCUAUUUUGCAUUUAUAGUUUGGUUUUUAUUCUGCUUAUUUAUAGGUGCUGUAUUUUUCAUUUAAUGUCUUAUCAUUUGAGUUGUUUAUUUUUUAAGGGAUUAUACUGUUCCUGAGGGCAAGUAACAUUUUUAUUAGACGUAUAGACUGCCGGCAGUAUUGGUUAAUAUUUACAAAGAUGUACUAGUUCUCAUUUGUUUGUAUAUUCAUGAAUCCUAAAGUUUAGUGUCAUUUCAAUAGCUUUGAAAAAAUGUGUUUGCUACAGUUCAUGCUCCCAUAAGCAUUAUGCUUUUACCACAACAGUUAUGCUCUUAAAUUGCUAGCUAGAAUCAAAGGACAUAUCAAGAUCAGUGAAUAUAUGAUGGCAUAUCUCUUUUCCUGUUUUCUGUCCUCCGAUAAUAUUUUUGGCUGUUUCUUGGGCAAGCCCAACACUAACGCUCGCCAGGGCAUGCAGCUUUCUUUAGAUAGAGUUCGCCCACUCUGUAAUCACAUUAACAUAAUUUACAGGUCCAAACAUAUACACUUUGUCAAAUAGGUCAAAUGAAAUUACCUAAACUUGAAAACACAAGUUAACUCGAAAGAGGUCAUAUCUGCCAAAUUGAGAUUAGAGAAGUGUACCAGCUAGCAGGGGUGCUACGCCAGAUUGAACAGAUAGCCAGCCUAUGAUUAUGCAGAACUUAUAUUGCAGUCCGUCAAAAAAAUGCACUUAUUAACAUCUUUUUUGAAGACUUAGUUGGGACAGGGUCUGUAAACACUACAACAGAGUACGAUCCCGGGAUCCUGGGAAAUGUAUGCCUUUUUUAAAGUGGUUGUGAACCAAGCACAGACUCUUCUCUGCAUCCUAACACUAAAAUUUAAACAUAAGAUAGCUGUGCCCAUGUUUUCUACACGAUAAACUGUAUUCUUAUACAGUAGCUUCUUAUUUCAAACUAAACUGUGUGACAGAAAUGGCCAUUGUCCUGUACAGUUGUAGAUAUUAUGAGUAAACACCUGUUUUGGUUUCUAUCCAAAAAUCUCAGUCCAUCCUUAAGCCUCCCCUUUCCCAGAAUGUACAUCCAGAUAUAUUGGCAGCCUGUCAAAAGAUACUGAUAACCCCAUUGCACUGCAUUAAGAUGCAUUAGUUAAAAUUGGAUUUGCCAGUGUAUCGAAUAAUUGUAAAAAAAAAUUCUCAAAUAUUGGCGCUUCCUGUGGACGACUGAUGUGAAACAUCUGUCUUCUGCAGAGUACUGAAGGCUUAUAAUGCCUUCUGUUGGACUGCUUAGACUGGACAACCAUGGUAUGUUUAAUGGGGAUGAAUAGCUACUGUAAAGUAUAUAAGCACUUAACCCAUUUGCCAUUUUAUAUCCAGAUCCAUCAACUCACCUAAACCAUGUGAGAUCAUCAGAUUUGUGCCUUUAACUGCCAAGCAGGGCACCAAACUAGUGAUGUCAUUAGAUGUAGAUGAUUUCACCCAAUGUGUUCGUAAUAUAUCCCACAUCUUGACCCAGAUUAAUUUCUCAUACACUUCAUAUUGGUACUUAAAAGUCGACUUUUCUCAGCUCUCUGGAGAGGGUUGUAUAUAAUUCCUGGAGUGCAGUGAAAGAGUAAAAGGAGAAGGAAACGAGCGUGUGUAUUCUUAUGACCGACCUGCAGACACAUAACGGUCCGGGUCUCAUUUCAGACGGUUGUUUUCCCACAAUGCAUUUCAUACGUUGUACAUAACCUUAAUUAGCAGCAAAAGGCCAGAGCAUUGAAUGAAGGAGGAAGCAUGCAGAAACAGCGUACACUGUAAUAACACUGAAUUUAUUCAUAGGGCAUUUUGUAUUUUUCUGUUUGUGUCAGGUUUGCUGUGACAUUAAUAAUGGCACUACAGGUAUUGAUAAUGACGUGUGCCAAUUCUAAUGGUUAUUUGGAAAAGAGAUGUGUAAAUACAGUCAAUCAAGUAGCUUUUGAGUCACUAUUGUCACGGUAUGCUUUUGUUUUGAAGGCAGGAGGAGAGAAGGGACGAUUCAGGACUUUUCCAUGAUCCACAGAUAUUUUUCUACAAAUUUAAAUCAGAUGAUUCUAUACACUGUUGAAUAACAUUGUAAAGGUGUAACAGAUGCUGUAUAUCAUAUGUUUUCUGAAGUCGUAAAGCUUUACUGUAUGAUCUGUUGAAGUAGUGGUUAUUCAUUUGACAUAUUAGUUGUAAUGGAAGCCCGAACAGCAGCACUGGUCACCAUAUUCAGGAAAAAAAAAAAAAGAGAAAGAAAGAAAGGAAAAACCUCAGAUGUUUUUUGUAAUACUUUUAGAAUAUAUCUUAUGAAGUUGGUUUUGUAAGACAACACUUUCCGAAUCAGUGGUGCUGUACGCAUAGCACACUCAGUAAUACAUACACACAUAAUACAGCACAAUACACUCAUCCUUUGGAGAGAAGAAAAAAAGAAAAAAAAAAAAAAAAAACUCCACUUGCGUGCUUUUAUGUUUUUUUUUUACCGCUCUCACAGUGGCUCCAGCUCAUUUUUAAGUCUUAACCAUUUCCUCUUAUCUCUUCAGUUAUUUCACGCUUAACUGUACAAUUUUUAACACCCAGAGAUCAACUCUGGAGCGAUAAACACUUCAGUGAACGCUCACAAGACUUAAAAGAGGAAGCAAAAAGCCAAAUAGUGUAGUAGAUAUCCACUUCUGUUGAAAGGUUGCUGACAGUUUUCUGAAUGUUGCUACCUUGUGUCGUCGCUUCAGUUCACCCAUAGCUUAAACCACAGUGUAGUCUGACAACCAAAUGACCCCCCCACCCCCACCCCCCCAUCCUUUUGGAAAGCUUUAAGAUGCUUGUUGAGGCUUUAGCGAGUUCAGAGUGUUUUUAGAUGAUUUUUCCAACCUUGUCAUCAACAACGUGGAAGUAAUAAUUCUCAUAACUUCUCCCACUGCUUAUUUUGUGAGUGUGUGUGUGCGCGUACAUGUGUGUUGUAGUACAAAAGGCUGCAUGACUGUAAAGGGAUGGUUAAGAUGUUUUUUUGAAAGUGGUUUCCCUAGCACUUCUGUCACUCCUGAGAUGCUUUUUUUCUCCUUUUGGGGUCUCCCUCCCUUUCGUUUUUCCUCAUGUAUCAUUGUUUCUUUAUCUUUCUAUUUACUAAACGUAUCAUGUUGUUUGUUCUCAGCACUGUAAAACAGUCCCUUCUACAACAUUGAAAAGCAAUAUCACUGUAUGAAACGUUCACAAUGUAUUUGUUAUGAUUGACAUUUGAUUCAUCAUCAUCAUUAUUAUUCACAUGCACCCUAGGUGUGAUAAUUGAAGUAAAUCUCUUUUAUACAAAUA